UAUUUAUAUAUAUAUAACUUUUAUUUCCUCUUUUCAAUUACUAUAUAAAUACAAAAUAAUUUAUUGCUAUAGUAAUAAAUCUACAUGUGUAUAAAGAAAAGAAGAUAAUACAAAUCUAGAAAAACUUACUAAUACCAAAUAAAAAAGGAUAAUACAAUAUUUGAUAAAAAAUUACAAAAAUCUGACAUAAUAUCGUUUUUGUUUAUAACAAUCGAAUAACAUAUACAAAAUAACAUAAAUAAUAUAUACAAUAUUAACAUUCACUGACAAUCUUCUUUUAUAUUAUUUUCUUUCAUAUACAUUAGUAUAUGGUAUAUGAAAGAGUAUUCAAUUUUUAUAUUACGAAAAAUGGUGGAUUUAUUCGGCAAAGACAAGGGAAAUAUUUCAUUGUCAACACAAUUACAAUCGUAUGAAGAUGAAGACCAAAAAAAACUGCCAACGAUUAUUAAUUUACAAAGAACCUUUUAUAGUAUUAAAAUUGCAGAUAUUGAAAAUAGAAUAAACAGGUUUGACGAAAGAAACGACGAAUUACUAAAUGAAAUCGAAACUACAAAUGAACAAACAGCUAUAGUAGAUGCAGAAACGGCUGAAGAGAUUGCAAAUUUAAACAAACUACUUUCAACCCAAAAUAAUUUAGUAGAAAGCUUAAAAGAAAAGAUCGACAUCAUAGAAAAUGAUCGAAUAGAAAGUAAAAGAUUACACGAAGAGAAAAUAGAACUGUUUGCUCGAAAGUACAAAAAAACGAAGGUUGAAUUAAUUUCUCAGAUCAAAGUCUUAAGUGUGAGAAUUAAUGUUUUGGAAGAUUUUAAAAAAGUGCAAGAUGUACUGAAAGAAAAGUUCCAAGCAAACGAGGUGCAAAUGGUGGAGAAUGAAAAAAGGAUAAAAGAAACGAUGGAAAUUAUUAAUCGAAAGAUUGAAUUUGAUAAGGAAAUGGUCAAAAAUGAAAUGUACGAUUGUCUUCAUGAUUUAGCGAUACAGUUUCAGAAAGAAGUUAACAAACAUAUAAAUUUGCCAAAUCAAAGAUUGAUGAGAGAAAAUAUUAUGUUAAAAAAUGAAUUAAUACAAAUUUCUACAAGAGUUUCAUCAAAUAUUGACACCAAUAUCAUUCUUAAAAAUGCAGCAAUUGAUUGCAAAAAGAGAAUGGGUGUACGAACUGCCUUUAUAAGAGAAAAUAUAGUAAUUGCAAAAGUACAGAAUGAAGUGCUGGAACGAUUAAAGAAGAAGUUUUACAAUACGAAAGGAUAUCUUUCAUCUAUUAAUAUUCUUGAUCCUGAGGCAGAACAAAAAUAUUUAAUAUUGAUAGAAAAUGCCAGUCGAGAAGAGAAUGACAUUAAUUUUCGUUUCUCAUCACUGAAAGCUGUACUUCAUAAAGAAAGAACGAAAAUUAGCGUUGCGAGAUAUAUUUUGAAAAAAUUAGAAUGCAAAAUAAGAGCACUUUUGGAAACAAUUUAUGAUUUGAAGUAUAACGCAAUGUGUUUACUAAAAUGUCCUUCUAGUCGCCAGGAUCUAAUAACAUUAAGUUGUAUUGAGUCAUUCUUAUUCUUGAAAGAUUUACUUAUUAAAAGACAAUUAAAACUUCGAAGUCACAUUAUUAAAUCGUCUGAAACUAUACCACAAGAAUUAGAAUCUGUGUCACAUAUAGAGGACAUCUCUGAAAAUAUUGAUUUUGAGAUAACAGCAGACUUUAUAGAAGAAGAAUUAAGUAAAGAAACUUUAGAUGAAAUGAAAUAUAUUGAUGAUGUAGAGGAACAAAAAGAAAUAUCUAUUGAAGAUAGGGAAUCUCAAGAACCAUUCAUUGAAGAUAUUCUCAAAGAUACUGCUGAUUUUUAUGUAGAAAAUUAAUACAAAUUAAAUGCAAAUUAUGAGCUUGCAGAGGAAUCAUUAUCUGACAUCAUAGAAGAAUAAAAUCUACUAUUUAAAAUUGUU